AUGAGAUUUAGUAAAAGAGUUGGCAAUCAGUUCUGGCAGUUAGUGAGCCUGACUAAUGAUCACACGUGUCGUAGGACUGCCAAGAAUAGACAAGCUAAAACUGAGUGGCUAGCUAAGAAGUUUAUACCAAUCCUUAGACAUACACCUGAGAUGAGGCCAAAAGGAUUGAUUGCAGAGUCAUUUGAGAAGUGGGGUGUGAAGCUCUCCUCAGCUCAAGCAUAUAGGGCCAAAACAAGAGCAUUAGAACUAAUUCAAGGUGCUGAGACUGAGCAAUACUCUAAGUUGAGGAAUUAUGCAGAGGAACUAAGAAGAUCUAAUCCCAAUAGUACAGUGAUUAUUAAGUGUGGUGUUUCUGAUAAAGGACCUGUUUUUGAGAGAAUAUAUGUGUGUCUUGAGGCGUGCAAAGCUGCAUUUGCUUAUACUUGUAGACCUUUAAUUGGUCUGGAUGCAUGUUUCUUGAAGGGUGAGUUUGGUGGUCAACUAAUGACAGCAGUAGGACAAGAUGGAAAUAAUCAGAUUUAUCCGAUUGCAUAUGAUGUGGGGUUGGUACCAGCUAUUGCUGAGUUGGGACCAAACGUAGAACACAGGCUGUGUGUUAAACAUUUGUACGGUAAUUGGAAAAAGAAGUAUCCGGGUGGACACAUGAAACAACUACUUUGGCAGGCAGUUAGGGCAACAGUUGUGCCGGAUUGGGAAAGGGCCAUGCAAAAGAUAAAGGAUAUAAACGAGGAUGCAUGGAAAGAAAUAAUGGAAAUAAGACCUUCCAUGUGGACAAGGUCCGCAUACCGCACGGCCAGUCAUUGUGAUUUGCAGGUGAAUAACAUGUGUGAGGCGUUCAACAUGGCUAUAUUAGAGUACAGAGACAAGCCGGUUAUUACUUUACUUGAAGGUUUGAAGCAUUAUAUCACAGUUAGGAUAGUAAAACAAAAGAAUCUUAUGAGCCGGUUUAGAAACACACUUUGUCCGAGGGUUGAACAAAUAAUAGAGAGGUUAAAGCGCUCAGCUGGAGGUUGGACACCGACAUGGCAUGGAGAUGAUGCAUUCAACCUUUUUAGUGUCACAAAUGGGGUUGACACUUAUGAGGUGAACUUGGAACGAUUUUACUGUGCUUGUCGUAAAUGGGCGUUGAGUGGCAUUCCUUGUGUCCAUGCUAUGGUUUGUAUUUUACACAACAAGGUUGAGGUUGAACCGUAUGUCUCGAAAUAUUACAGAAAAACAAGCUUCAUGGCAACAUAUUCUUACAUUGUUCUACCAUCCAAUGGUCCAAGACUUUGGCCAACAGCUGAAGGGGAACCAAUUAAUCCACCGGUCAUGAGAAGAGCCCCCGGUAGACCCAAGAAGAAAAGAAACAAAGCUAAUGAUGAACCCACUUCAAGCAAUAUGUUGCCGAGGAGUUUAACAAUAGUCAAAUGUAAAAGCUGUGGGAAUUUUGGGCACAAUUCAAGAACGUGCAAAGGAAAGACUGCGGCGGAUCGACAAUUGCCCAAAGGAAGUAACAAGAACAAGAAACAAAAUAAAGCAUCAACCAAAGGAGGAAACAAGACCAAGAAACAAAAGAAAGCAUCAACCACCGAAGCACCUACCGUUUUGACGCAAGGAUCUCAGGCACCACAAACACAAGAAACAAGUUGCUAG